GAAGAUGCCAAACAGAGUUGCUUUGUGGCGGCGGACGCUUGAGCUGAAUGGAACUUUUGCUGCGAUUCCUAGGCUGUGGAUCCAACCCCCUGAUUUAGUAAUACUUUUCUCUGCAAAAUUCACAUCACCACCUUUCGGCAGGAACGCCUACGGAUCAAACCGCAAGGGAUUCAAGCAGAAAACAUCUUGGGCCAAGCUCAUCUAUAUUGCCAGGGACGGCAAAGCCUCCUUCUCGGUGUUCGCAGACAUUUUCCAGGGCUGAAACGCCUCCGUCCACAGCGGCACAAUGGUCGGCCUGAAGCCCACGGACAUCCCCCCCUCAGCAACCGUCAAGUUUCUCAGUGCUGGGACGGCCGCCUGCAUUGCUGACCUUUUCACCUUCCCCUUGGACACGGCAAAAGUCAGGCUACAGAUCCAAGGCGAAGGCAAGGCUUCCAGGGCAAUGAAGAACGUCAAGUACAAAGGGGCGUUGGGCACCAUCACUACCAUGGUGAGGACCGAGGGGCCGAAGAGUCUCUACAACGGCUUGGUGGCCGGCCUCCAACGCCAGAUGAGCUUUGCAUCCAUCCGGAUUGGCCUGUACGACUCGGUGAAGCAGUUCUACACCCCCAAGGGGUCAGAAAGUGCCAGCAUCCCCACCCGGUUACUUGCCGGUUGCACCACCGGAGCCAUGGCUGUCACCUGUGCCCAGCCCACGGAUGUGGUUAAGGUCCGCUUCCAAGCCCACAUCAGGCUGGUUGGUGGACCGAAGAAGUACAAUGGGACUGUGGACGCUUACAAGACUAUCGCCCGUGAAGAAGGGGUCCGAGGACUCUGGAAAGGGACUCUGCCAAACAUCAUCCGAAACUCCAUCGUGAACUGUGGGGAGAUGGUGACCUACGACCUCGUCAAGGAAACGCUCCUGAGAUAUCACCUGAUGACAGACAAUUUCCCGUGCCAUUUUGUUGCUGCCUUCGGAGCCGGAUUCUGCGCCACCAUCGUGGCAUCUCCCGUGGAUGUGGUCAAAACGAGAUACAUGAACUCCAUCCCAGGACAGUACAAGAACGCUCUGAACUGUAUGUUCACCAUGGUGGUGAAAGAGGGACCCACAGCUUUUUAUAAAGGUUUCAUACCCUCCUUCCUGCGACUGGGAUCCUGGAACGUGGUGAUGUUUGUGUCCUUUGAGCAGCUGAAAAGACUGAUGGUUCUGGCCAAGGUGACCUGGGAAUCCCCUUUCUGAAACCAGAAGCCGUCUCCGGGAAGGAGAAGGUGGAUCGCGCCAAGGACUCCCCAAGAAGAGAACACGGGAGAGGAAAACAGGAGAGAGACAGCUUUGGGCCGGGGAGCUUCUAGGAAACGCUCUUGUCACAGUAGCAAGGCGCAAAUGGCAAUUGUUUUAAUUGCUUUGGAAUGGGCUCGUGUGGCUCACUGACGCAUAAUAUUCAGGCUGAGAAAAGGAGGCUUUAAAAAGGACAAAUGUGCCCGUGAAUUCUGGAUGCUGCCACCCCAGAAAAGGAUUGCCGUGAGAUUCUGAUGCUUCCUGUCCAGGAGGUUUAUCCAGAUUUGAACUGAGUGUUUCAUGGCCUGGUCCAAAGGUUCUGACUGACAGGUAAAUAUGCAAUGGGGAAUAUUAAUAGCAUUGUAUUGUUUUAGGGAGAAGGACCUAAUUACACAAGGAAAAAUGUGAUGAGUUUAAUCUUACUGCAAAGAGACAUAGGUAAAGGUAAAGGGACCCCUGACCGUUAGGGCCAAUGGCGGACGACUCUGGGGUUGCAGCGCUCAUCUCGCAUUAUUGGCUGAGGGAGCCAGCGUACAGCUUCUGGGUCAGAGCAACAGGAUGACUAAGCCGCUUCUGGCGAACCAGAGCAGCACACGGAAACGCCGUUUACCUUCCCGCCAGAGUGGUACCUAUUUAUCUACUUGCACUUUGACGUGCUUUUGAACUGCUUGGUUGGCAGGAGCUGGGACCAAACAAUGGAGCUCACCCCGUCGCGGGGAUUUGAACCGCCGACCUUCUGAUCGGCAAGCCCUAGGCUCUGUGGUUCAACCCACAGCGCCACCCGCAUCCCAUGCCCCUUAGUCUUUAAGGCAGUACAAAACACCUUGUUUUUGCACUCGUAAUGACACUGAAGAGGGAAGACCCGCAGGCAAAAAUGAGGAUGGAAAGAAGACUUUCCUCUCCUAAAGGAAAAUGUGGCUAAAGGAGUUUUAGUUCCGGGUGAUGGCUAGGAAAAAGUGGACCAACAAAACUACAGUGGCUAUAGAUUGCAGGAAACAGGGGGCGCAACACCAUCCGAGUCUACCAGCAAACGCUUCUGAUAAUGCAACAUUUUACCGGUAUUCUGCAGCCUGAAGCAGGUUGGACAUGAACAGACAAGGGCAGGGAGGAAGCUGUGUCUGGGGUGGGAACAUGAAAGGGAUAUCUGUGCUUGGAGACUGCUGCAGAGCCUCCUCCCCAGAACUAACUUAAAUUUCCUCCUCCUUU